AUGGCUUUCAACACCUACGGCAGCGGCAACUUUGAGGAAAUUUCGACCGCCGGAGAGCCGAUGCUGAAGUGGUUCGUCAUGGCUUUCGCCGCCUGUUGGCACGUGUACCUGAUGAACCUCAUGGUGGCGCAGCUGUGCCAGCGGUAUAAUGAUAUCUUCCACAACGCCCGCGGCAAUGCCCGAUUGACGCGGGGCAUCAUCAUCUACGAAACAUCCAUGCCGCUGAUCUCCAAGCAUCGCUGGGGAAGGUUCGUCGAAUCCUUGCGACUGGAG